CAGCCUAGUGGAAAGUAGGUGCGUUUAAUAAGGAGCCAUCCUCCUCCCUACUGGCCCGUGUUGUGUAAUUGUGUGCUCCUGUGCACUGAGCUGCAUACAAGGCCUGGAUCAACAAACAGCCGUAGUCCUCUCUCAGCAGAUGGCCUGCCUAUGAUGGCACAGACUCUACACUUAGCCAUGGCAUCUGUGUCAGUCAGCUCUCGUCUAAACAAGGCCAUCCAUCAGCACUACAUGUCCCUUCCUCAGGGGGACCUGUGUCAGGUCACCUACAUCUGGAUCGAUGGCUCCGGGGAGGGGCUGAGGAACAAGACUCGCACCCUGGACAGAGAGCCCCAGGGAAUAGAGGAUAUUCCAGAGUGGAACUUUGAUGGCUCCAGCACCUACCAGGCCGAGGGAUCCAACAGUGACAUGUACCUGAUCCCAGUGGCAAUGUUUAGGGACCCUUUCACACUGGAAUCCAACAAACUGGUUUUGUGUGAGGUCCUCAAGUACAACCGCUUGCCUGCAGAGAGUAACCUGCGGUCAGGUUGUAAGAAAGUGAUGGAAGAAGUGAAGCACUAUAUCCCCUGGUUUGGAAUGGAGCAGGAGUAUACUCUCCUGGGGAUGGAUGGUCGCCCCUAUGGCUGGCCCCAAAAUGGAUUCCCAGGACCCCAAGGUCCAUACUACUGUGGGGUUGGUGCAGACAACGCCUAUGGAAGGGACAUUAUGGAGUGUCACUACAAGGCAUGUCUCUAUUCUGGGGUCAAAAUCUGUGGCACCAAUGCUGAGGUCAUGCCAUCUCAGUUUGAGUUCCAGGUGGGUCUGUGUGCGGGGAUAGAGAUGGGAGACCACCUGUGGAUGGCACGUUUCUUGCUGCACCGUGUGUGUGAGGACUUUGGAGUUGUAGCCACUCUGGACCCCAAACCAAUGAAGGGGAACUGGAACGGGGCGGGCUGCCAUACCAACGUUAGCACCAAGGAGAUGAGGGAAGAAGGGGGGUUGCAACAUAUUGAGCAGGCCAUUGAGAAGCUGAGCAAGCGACAUGCCCAGCACAUAUGUGUGUACGACCCUCACGGAGGCCAGGACAACAUCAGACGCCUCACAGGCUUACAUGAAACCUCCAGCAUCCAUGACUUCUGUUUUGGUGUGGCCAACCGCGGGGCCAGCAUCCGGAUCCCACGCCAGGUGGCCCAGGAGGGGAAGGGAUACUUUGAAGACCGCCGGCCCUCCGCAAACUGUGAUCCUUAUGCCGUGACGGGCGCCAUCGCAAGAACCUGCCUGCUCGGGAUGGAGGAGGAAGAGGAGAGUACAUGAGAAUAGUCUGCAGUGACCAGACUCAUAGACACAUAUAAUCCUGUAGCUGGUGGUUGGUGGAAACCGUCCCUUUGAUUUUCCAUGAUUGUGCGAUAGAACUAUAUUGUAACCAAAAAUCUAUACUUAAGACUACUGGUUGUGGGCCUCCCGAGUGGCGCAGCGGACUAAGGUUCUGCAUCGCAGUGCUAGAGGCAUCACUACAGAUCCGGGUUCGA